AUGGCGGCCAUCGGGGUUCACCUGGGCUGCACAUCAGCUUGUGUGGCCGUCUAUAAGGAUGGCCGGGCUGAUGUGGUCGCAAAUGAUGCAGGCGACAGAGUUACUCCAGCUAUUGUUGCUUACUCAAAAAACGAAGAGAUCGUUGGAUUGGCAGCAAAACAAAGUAGAAUAAGGAAUAUUUCAAACACAGUAAUGAAAGUCAAGCAGAUCCUUGGCAGAAGCUCUGAUGAUCCUCAGGCUCGGAAAUAUAUCACGGAAAGUAAAUGUUUAGUCAUUGAAAAAAAUGGGAAGUUACGAUAUGAAAUAGAUACUGGAGAAGAAAAGAAAUUUGUCAGCCCAGAAGAUGUUGCCAGACUGAUAUUUAGUAAAAUGAAAGAAACGGCACAUUCUGUCUUGGGCUCAGAUGCCAAUGAUGUAGUCAUUACUGUUCCAUUUGAUUUUGGAGAAAAGCAAAAAAGUGCUCUUGGGGAAGCAGCCCGAGCUGCUGGGUUUAAUGUUUUGCGGUUAAUCCACGAACCAUCUGCAGCUCUUUUGGCUUACGGAAUUGGGCAAGACUCCCCCACUGGAAAAAGCAAUAUUUUGGUAUUCAAACUUGGAGGAACAUCCUUAUCUAUCAGUGUCAUGGAAGUUAACAGUGGAAUAUACCGUGUUCUCUCAACAAACACUGAUAAUAACAUUGGAGGUACCCACUUCACAGAAACCUUAGCACAGUACCUAGCCUCUGAGUUUCAGAGAUCCUUCAGACAUGAUGUGAGAGGAAAUGCCCGCGCCAUGAUGAAGCUGAUGAACGGUGCUGACACUGCAAAACAUUCUUUGUCAACCUUGGGAAGCGCCAAUUGCUUCCUUGACUCAUUGUAUGAAGGUCAGGAUUUUGAUUGCAACGUGUCCAGAGCAAGAUUUGAGCUUCUGUGUUCUCCACUUUUUAAUAAAUGUAUAGAAGCAAUCAGAGAAGUCUUAGAACAAAGUGGAUUUACAGCAGAUGAUAUCAACAAGGUUGUCCUUUGUGGAGGGUCUUCUCGAAUCCCAAGGCUACAGCAAAUGAUUAGAGAUCUUUUCCCAGCUGUUGAGCUUCUCAAUUCCAUUCCUCCUGAUGAGGUCAUCCCUAUUGGUGCAGCUAUAGAGGCAGGAAUCCUUAUUGGGAAAGAAAGCCUUUCAGUGGAAGAUGCUCUUCAGAUAGAGUGUUCGGCCAAGGAUAUUUUAGUUAAGGGAGUUGAUGAAUCAGGAGCCAACAGCUUCAAAGUACUGUUUCCAUCAGGGACUCCUUUGCCAGCUCGAAGACAACACACAUUACAGGCCCCUGGAAGUAUAUCCUCAGUGUGUCUUGAACUCUAUGAGUCUGAGGGGAAAAACUCUGCAAAAGUGGAAAACAAGUUUGCACAGGUUGUGCUCCAGGAUUUAGAUAAAAAAGAAAAUGGAUUACGUGAUAUAUUAGCUGUUCUUACUAUGAAAAGGGAUGGGUCUUUACACGUGACGUGCACAGAUCAAGAAACUGGAAAAUGUGAGGCAAUUACUAUAGAGGUGGCAUCUUAG